GCGGAACCCGGCAAAUGUGGCUCUGUGCACGGUGAGCCGGGGUUACGGGGGCCGUGUGGCCCGCGGGGCCCGUGCUGGUGGUGGUGCUGGUGGUGGUGGAGGUGGUGGUAGUAGAUUACGUGGCGAAGCGCGGCUGCCCUUGAGCCCCCGCACUUUAUGCGCCUCCGGGGCUGGUUCUCGCGGGGGGCACGGUGCGGCAGCGACCGUGGCUACCGGGGGUGGUAUCGGGGGUACGGACGACGCCGGCAUCGGGUUACCGGACGAGCCGAUGGUGCACGUGGAACGUUCGGCGCAUCAGGGUACAUGGAUAUGCUGCGUGCCCUGUUACUGGGUGAGGAGGAGCAAGGCCGUGCACAAGGCCUUGCUCACCUUUGCGAUGGUGCUGGUCACCAGCCUCCUGGUCACCAGCCCGGUGCUCUUUCUCAUCACGACCUUACCGGAGGGGGAGCAGCCGCGGAAUUGCGCGCCAUUGGAUGAGGCUUGCAUCAGGGAGCGAGAUGGGCCCGACGGUGUUUGUAACACGGACAUUUGCGUAGAGGCUUCAAAGAGGAUUCUAACGUCCAUGAAACGAGGUGUCGAUCCUUGCAAAGAUUUUUACAAGUUUGCCUGCGGUGGUUUCCGCGAUCAGCAGCCCUAUCAACCGAGCGCAAGCUUCAACAUACUUCAAGCGCAAACUGACGACCGUAUACACAGAGCUUUGGCGAAUGAGACGGGGCAAAUGGUUACCGCAUUUGAGAAGCUUGGGCAAUUUUACAACGUUUGCCAAGACUUUCAGAAAAACCCCGUAAAUUUUACACCCGUUUACGAGCUCUUAAAUGAACUUGGUGGCUAUAUACCGCCAAAAAGCACGGCAUCAAUCGACAUCACCCCUCUGAUUUCCGCAUUACUGAAAGUAAAUGGCGCGCCUCUCUUUGACUUAUACGUCAACGUAGAUCUUUACGAUCGCACAAAGUCAUCCCUAUACCUCGAUCUACCUACCAAAUACCAAAAUCACGAAUUUCUCGCAAAGGACCAGAAAAACAGAGACGUACAAAGAUCGCGUAACAUUCAAGAGAUUGUUCGAGGAUUCUUGCCAAAAAAUAUGAGUCCUAAAGAACAAUCGUCGGAGAUGGAUCUGCUUUUGCAGUUUUGCUUAUCGCUCGAAAAGAUUUAUCCAAAGCACAAAGACUUGUACAAUUGGGUGGACGUUGAUCAGAGGGUAUACGUUGCUUACAAUGUGACUUAUCUUCAAGAGAGCUUUGGUUACAUAAGAUGGAGAUCGUUACUAAACGCAACGUUAAGCUACCGUAUAAACGAAAUAGACUUGCACGACGAUAAUAACGAUACGAAUCGUGUACAACGACCACCCUAUGUUGCAUCUGAGGACCAGAUUUACGUUUAUGUUACGGCACCACGUUAUUUCCGCAAUCUCGGCAAGCUACUGAGUCGUUCCUCCAAACGGAUUAUUCAUAAUGGGCUGCUGUUGCUCUAUGCCAUGGACACGUUGCACGAUAUCGUCAACGUUACUGCCGUCAAAGAUUGGGAAGCUUCUUGCUACGGAUUGACCAAAAGCCUUUUCAGCGAAGCAGUCAGUGCGCUCUACGUGCGACAAUACACUCCGAAGUACCUGGAUACUCUAGUUAACAGGGUGACGGCAUUAUUCCAACGUGUGAAAGAGACAAUAGCCGAACGUAUAUUAGUGAAGUCAUGGCUCGAUGAUGAGACCAGGACGCAAGCUUUGUUGAAGCUGAAUGCUUUACGUGGACGAUUUCACGUGUCGGCCGCAUUUUACAAUGACACUUUGCUGGAACGUGAAUUAGCUGAGGUCGUGAUCGAUACGGAUGACUUUAUCGCUACCGUCUUGAGAAGAUUCCGCCAGAUUCGGAGAGCAAAGGACCAAAACUCGUUACAAAGAUACGCAAUGGAAAAACGUUUCUAUCCUUACUCUGUGCACGCCUAUUACGAGUCCUCUACAAAUACGAUCGGAAUUCCAUUGGCUAUGAUGACAUCCUGGGCGUGGUCAUGGGAUGGUGGACCGGCUUAUGCGGUUCACGCUACGCUAGGAUCGGUCAUCGCUCAUGAGAUUCUCCAUGCCUUUGAUUUUCACCGUCGUAGAUUGCCUAUAGAUCCAGAUCUGAAUGUUGAAGAAUGGCUCUGGAUCACGCCUGAGUCGUGGAAACGAUUGGAGACCCGAAUAGAAUGCGUCGCGAGACUUUACGCCAGGAGUUUUUGGCGGAAGGUUCAGUUUUACGGGAAUGACGUCGCUGUACAGUUUGACUGGAACAUGACGAGAAAUGAGAAUGUUGCGGAUAUCGGAGCUCUGCAGAUUUCUCACAAGACCUGGCACACUUUGACGAACGGAAAGGAUCGGAGUCUCCCAGAAUUAGAAGGGCUAAGGCCUAGUCAACUUUUCUUUAUAAGCGCGGCUCAGGUAUACUGCGUUAAUACAACUGCCGAGGCCUACGUUUUCUCCGUCGAGUUCGACUAUCGUACUCCUCAUCCGGAGAGAGUAAACGGUAUAAUGAUGAAUUCACAAGCAUUUGCGGAGGCGUUCCGCUGUCCACUUGGAGCAAAAAUGAACCCUCCAAAUAAGUGUACGGUUUGGUAAUGCGUUUUUGUAUAUCGUCGAUUACGUGCAAGAGAAUAAUUAUAUUCCGUUUGAUAUUCUCUGCAACUGUGACAAAUUGUGCAGAAAAUUUGAGAAUAGCAAUUAGGACAGGAAUUAAUAUUGCAUAAAGGAACAGAAGUUUGCCGUUCUACGUGGACUCUACUUAGCAAUUUAAUCUGCAAGAUUCUCAUCUUCAGCCUCUCAACUGUUAAAGGGCACUACGGAAAUAUAUUUGCUCGGAAAUAAUCGUCAUUUUUUCUAAAAUCGUAUAUUACAUAGGAUAAGAGGGAACAUUUUAAACUAAAAAAAGUUAUUAUCCGCCCAUUACGCUGUGAAACUUGUCUGAAACUGUGAAAAAUGAAAAGCAAACCGAUUGUAUUUGAACGAAAACAAGUGAUUGUACUUGAAUUGUAUGGAAUAGCAAUAGAUUGCAAGAAAUUGCAAUCAGCAGUAAGAAAUUGUAAUUUACGACUUGUUACAAUUUACACUGAUUUAUAUUUGUGAUGAACUAUAUGAAAUUGUAACAAUGCGUAAGAAACGUAUGGACAAAUAAAUCGAUGGUGUCCGAUAAUCAGCAAAAAUUGGAUUUACAUGCUCUUUAAUGCUAUUGUUAAAAUAUUAAUGAAUAUAUUGACAUGUUAUAUUGUUACGGUGCUGGAAAGUUUAUAAUAAAAAUGAUAUAAUAAAAAUGAAUCUGUGAUAAACGUUUUCUCUUGGAUUUCUGACGAAUUCGUUUUUUGUUGAUAAUAACGGACGCCAUUGAUGCGAUACAAAUUUAUUACGGAAAGUAUUUUCGCGCACUUUGCUUUGUACGAGGCUACUAGAGGGAAGAUAAGUCACAUGUGCAGAUUGUUCGCUUGAAUUGCUCAUAAAUGUGCCGUGAAACAAGGAAAACGGAUUAUACGGAUUAUGUCGAAUCGAAUUCAUUAUAAUUGCGGUUUUUUCGUCAGAUCUGACUCGAUUUCUCAAAAACGGUAUUAGAAUGCGGAAACUGAUUUCAUGGAUCUUCAAAAGUGGGAUAUUGUUAAACACACAAGCGAUCUCGUCUCAUUUUAUUCACUUAAAUUCAUGUUAACGGGGAUUUCAAGAGACCUUGCCUUAAACGCCUGAAACCGUUUUUAUAGUGAUUGUCGACUAUACAUAAUAUUCGAGCAGGAAAAUUAAAAUUUACGUGCGUUGUUCAAGAAACCGAAUCUUAGAAAUUGUGCGACGAACGUUGUACGUGUUGUAUGCUAUUACACUGUUUUAGAGAGCUAUUUUUAUCUGAUCAAAUAUUGCAGAUGUUGCUUCAUACGACCUAGAUAAUUCUAAUGUACAUACAUUUUGUAAAGCUUUUCGCUCGAAGCGUGUUCUCAAGUGAUACAUACAAACGAUAGUCAAUAACGUAUAUUUUCUCGUAGAAAAAUUAGAAGACGUAGAAUGGAGGAGUAGAGAAACUAUUAAAAGCGAUUGGAUACGCUUGAGUUAGAUGUACGCAAUGUGCUACAAAUAGAAGUCUUGCCUGAAAAUUCGAAAGCAAAACGGCACUUCUCUCUUUGAUUCUCCCUUUGAUAUAUCUAAUACAAUUGAAAUUUUAACAGUCUCUAAUUUUUAUAGUCUCUAACUCGUAAAUAUAUUAUAUUACAGACUA